UACUCAGUGCUCACUGGGGUAGGCUGUAGUUUUACGAGGGGUGUGUUAAGCAGAUGGACAAAGGGAGUGUCAUAAAGAUAAAUCUAAGUAAAAGGAUGGGCAAACAAAAAAUUGCACUGGAAAUAAAGAAAACGAGGUUUCAUCCCAUGCCAUUAAUCUUUCCGACGGUAAGUGAACGCAUCACCACUUCCUCUGUGUGUAAGCCGCGCCUGCUUUCUCUCGGUGGGACUGGAGGCUCGCCGACCGACCCGCGUCAGCCUAUCAGCGGAAAAGGAAAACAAAAACAUGUGAAAGAAAGGAGUGUUAUAAAAGGGGGCACUCGAAAAGCUCUAAAUUAUCAGGGGGGAAACUUUUUCAUUCGUGUGAAGCGCUCGUCAGGGAGCAAAUGGACCGCGUUGGAGGAGCGUGGAAGCAACGGUAGACUGCACCGUCCGUCUGUCCGUCCCGUCCGUCAGUCCGCGCGGGUGGAGGGCUGCUUAUUGUGUCCGUCAGCCAUAGGUUGAAGAGGAUUCACCGGGUGAGCAGAUCCAUAUACCAUGCCUACAGGUGAUGGCACCAGCCGCUUUCCCGUCUUUUUGGGCUCCUCUAACCACCCAAGAUGUCCGGGUUACGUUCCCGGCCGGGUGGCUCCCGUCCGAUCGCCUCCGCCUGCCAAAGCCCCGCCACCUCCACCGCUCAAACCUCACAGCCUGUCACUGGAACAACAGCCUACUUCCAGUUUCUCAGCGGAGAACCAGCGGAGGGAGCGGGUUCAAAAGCUCCAGCGGAGAAAGAACACACUGAUCUGCUGCGGGGUGUCACUGGGCGCUUUCUUCCUCACGCUCAUACUUGUCUUCUGUCUCAAGAGUAGAAAUGUGUUGGAUGGGAACUGCCCGGACCACGACCUGUCCCUCAGUAGCUGGAAUCCAGGCCACCAACCAGAUACGGAUGUCGUUAUCCGAAGGGGAUAUUUGCUGAGGCUGGAAUCUUCUGCGACCAUGCGUUCACUUAUCAUUCAGUCAGGAGGUAGGGUAGUUUUCGCCGACAGUGCUGAUGGCUCCACAGCCAUCACCGUGAGAACACACUACAUCCUCAUUGAAGAAGGUGGAUCUUUUCAUAUUGGCUCUCCUAAAUGUCGCUACCGUUCUCGAGCCACCAUCGCCCUCAUGGGCCGCUCAGAUGACACUAACGUCCCGGAGGUCCCCGGAUUCGGUCGCAAGUUUAUCGGCGUAAUGGGCGGUGGAACCAUAGAGCUACACGGCAUUGAGAGAAUUGCUUGGUCUUUGCUAACUCGGACCGUUCCGGCGUCCGGGUUGGCUGCAGGGGAUUAUUCCUUCCAGAAGAACUUCCACAGGGGCAUCAAUCUGCGCGUGGUGGACCAGGAUACAGCUGCUGUUGUGUUUUCAGAACGCUAUGACACCCAUGAGCUGCGGAAUGACAGUAGACGGCUCACCCAGCUCCUCCGUUCUUUGCCUGCUGGUCGUAUCGUUGCGGUGGCUGUUGGAGACUCGGCUGCCAAAAGCUUCUUAGAUGAAACCAAGAAAGCCUUUGUGGAGGUUCUCGGCAGCAGAUUUGCUCAUAAUCUCAAGUACAGGGAAGCGUGGGCUUUGGUCUCUGUAGUUGGGGAUAAUUCAUCAUGCUCAGAAGAUGUGAGGGAACAUGAAAACCUUAACACUGGAGGCAGAGCAGUGGCAAGACGCAACUUCACCACUCCUGAUGGAGUUGGCUUCUCCGUCACUGCUUACAGCGAGUGGAAAACUGGUUACCCCAUCAUGGGCUUCCAGGUGGAUGCUGAGGAUCAGGUGGUGCUAAACUUGCAGGAUGAGGUGAAGCAGACCUGGCAACCAGGUGAUACGAUCGUAAUUGCUAGCACAGACUACUCCAUGCACCAGGCUGAAGAGUUCACCCUGUUGCCCUGCCCCCAUUGUGCCAAGACACAAGUAAAAAUAAAAGGGAAGCCUCAAUACACCCAUGUUGGGGAGAUCAUCGAUGGAGUGGACAUGCGGGCUGAAGUCGCUCUGCUGUCCAGAAAUGUUCUCAUCUAUGGAGAAAUGGAAGACUCGUGCUAUGGACAUUUGUGCCAGUACUAUAAUUAUGACACCUUUGGGGGUCACAUCAAGGUGUUGCAUAACUUCUCGUCAGUGCAUUUGUCACAUGUGGAGUUGAAGAACAUGGGUCAGCAAAGGGAAAAAGGCCGCUACCCCGUCCACUUUCACAUGUGUGGGGAUGUCGACCAGAGGGGAGGAUACUUGGAGCCCACAUAUGUGGACGGACUGUCCAUACAUCACUCCUUCUCCCGAUGUCUGACAAUCCACGCUACCAACGGGCUCCUGGUGAAGAACACUGUUGGUUACGACACGUUGGGCCAUUGUUUUUUCAUGGAGGAUGGGAUUGAACAGCGAAACACUCUGUUUCACAACCUUGGCCUGUUGACUCGACCUGGAACUCUUCUGCCAACUGAUCGCAAUGAGACUGUUUGUGUCAGCAUGAGGGACAAUGUUUACAAGGGCUACACUCCCUCUCCAAGUACAGAGUGCAAGGCAGUCUCAACAUUCUGGAUUGCCAACCCCAACAACAACCUCAUCAGCAAUGCAGCUGCCGGCUCUCAGGAUGCUGGCAUAUUUUUUGUGUUCCACAGUUCAUCUACAGGAGAGUCUCAUGGGCUCGUACCAGAAACCAGAGCAGAGCUUACCCCUCUUGGAAUUUUUUACAACAACCGCGUGCACUCCAACUUUAAGGCAGGACUAUUCAUUGAUAAAGGCGUGAAGACUACCAAUGCAAGCGCUGCUGAUCCACGGGAAUACCUCUGCCUGGAGAACAGUGCCAGAUUCCGACCUCAUCUGAAUGCCGACGCUAAUCAACCCCGGGUGGCGGCCGUCAUUGACACUCUGAUCUCUUUCAAAAACAAUGACUUGGGCGCCUGGAUAAGAGGAGGAGACAUCAUCAUCCAGAACUCGGGCUUUGCAGACAAUGGAGUUGGACUGUCUUUUGCCAGUGAUGGCAGCUACCCCAAAGACGAAGGUUCCAGCCAGGAGGUGAAACAGUCCCUGUUUGUGGGGGAAAGUCGCAACAGAGGAAACAACGGGGGGCAGAAUAAAUACUGGGGACCAGGAGGGGUUGAUGGGAAAUUUAGGACCCUGCCCAGAAACAGGACGUUUCCAAUCAGAGGUUUCCAGAUUUAUGACGGCCCGCUGAGGGUAGUUCAGAGUACAUUUCGUGGAUUUGUGCAAACACCAGAGCGUUUUACCAGCGCUGUGGGUUUCAACUUGAAGAACAACUGGCAGCUGACUCCAAGAAACAACCUGUCCCAGCUCAGCUUCAACCCGGAUGUGAAUCUUCAGGCAUUUUUCGGUCGCCCAGGACAGUGGUUUGAAGGGAAUGACCUAGACGGGGACAAGAACUCCAUUUUUCGUGAUGUGGACGGGUCAGUUACGGGUUAUCCAGACACUUACGCUGGUCGAGCAGACAAUUACCUGAUCCAGCAUCCUGGUUGUGUGAAACUUCCCCAGUGGAAUGGAGUGAGCUGCAGUGGCCGUUACUCUCAGGUGUUUAUUCAGACGCAGGGGGCUCCAAACCUCAUGUUAUCCAUCCUUAGAGACGAGUACCCUGAUGCUCCUCUGGUACUGAGGGGGACUAACAGCCAGGGGGCGCUGUCUCAGCAGUACCAGCCUGUCCUUAUGAUGAGUAAGAGCUAUACUCUGCACUGGAAUGGACCAGCACCCAGAGAAACCGUUCUUUCCCUCAUUAACUUUGAUAAAGAGGACUGGGUGUUGGUGGGACUCUGUUACCCAUCAGACACCACUUUCCAGAUCAUGUCUGACAUCUACAACAGGCAGUUGAAUACAUUCGAAGACAUCAUAGACUACGGCACCGUAUACUCCCUUGCUCAGCUGGAGGCAAGGCAGAUGGAAAGAAAGUAUUUCUUUGACCGCUCUGUUGGCUUGUUGUGGUUCUACCUUCAGGCACAGUAUAACCGCGAUGGUCACAGCUACUGUUCAACAAAAGGCUGUGAAAGGGUGAAAGUCACGGCCACCACGUCGUCCAAACAGACCUGUAAUUGUACAGCUAAGGCCUACCCCAAGUACUCAAAGACUCCCUCUGCAGUGGUGCCUAUGCCAUCUCAAAACACUCAGCCAUGCAAGGACUGCGGCGCUAAACAACUCGUGUUUUCCAGUGAGCCAUGGACCUCCUACCUCAAGACUCAAGUGAAAUCCCUCGGCAUAAAACAGCUGCAGAACUCAAAUAACAUUUCAUUUAUCACUGUAAAUGACAUCGCCCUGCCCUUUUCUAAGCCCGGGUUCUUCAUUGUGUCAGUGGAUGCCUGCUCUGGAAAAGUCACCAAAAAAAAUUCAUUUGCAAGGAUGGAUGCCAAGAUGGAGCAGUUCCUGAAGACUGGAAUACCAAACCGGUCAAUAGUUCUCAUGGCAACACGAGGUCAGCCUGAAGGUUUAAGGAAUUUAUCCCCUCACCUUGUCUCCUUUGGUUUGGCCAAAGCUCCUGACCUGCUCAGCAAAGAGAGUUUAGGGCUGUGGGGGUUCCGUGGUGAUUCUCCAACCCCGCCAUGGGUUUCGCUCCAAACCGGGGAGGGUGAGGAUGUCCUGGAGCUGCAGGAGCGCUACAUCCCCCUAAAUUUGGAGGCUUACGGCUGUUCGCCCCCCACAGCUCACGCACGCAAAGACCUGGAGCUUCUCAGGAAAGCCACAGGACUCCAAUAGCCAAUGUGAACCGUACAACUUGCCUAAUCAAAACAGUCUUGCACACAAACACAAAAGCCAGCUGAUGAAUGUGAACUGCUGAACCUUUAUUUAUUAACAGUGAGAAAGGUGAUUGUCACUUUCACAUGGAGCGAAAGUGUGUUUUUAUGAGCGGGGUGAGUAUUUUUGUGAAUUUGUUUGUGUUGCCUUAGGGCUGUUUUAAGUCAAUGCACUUUUUUUGUAGAGAACUUGCCUUCACAGCCAAAGUUUUCAGACUGAUAUACACAGUGUAUUCGCUUUCAGACCAAAAAAAAGCCAAAGUAACCCAGAAGAUUUUCACUAUCAAUGUCAAUUGUGCAGUAAAUGGUUACAGAAUACAUCUGAUUCACUGCCAAAGUAGAAACAAAAUGGAUUAGAUACACAGGGACCCAAGGUAAUUAUGAAAAUAAAUUGCAUUGUACCUGAAAGAUGGGUCUAAUUAGAAAUGAAAAUGAAACGACCAUCUGAGAAUUAAUCUGCGAUGCUAAGCCAAAAAAUGAACAUUUGGCAUCACAAUUUAGAGUCGGUGUGUUAGCUGUGCUGCUGAAUGAUGGGUCAAACCAAAUAGCAUUCAUAUUUAUAGAUGCUUAGGACGAAAACAACCUAUAUGCAGUAAAAUAAAUCAAAUUAUCUUAUUUUAUUAUGUGAAAAACUAAAUGAAUCCCUGCCAUAUGCAGUUGCAAGACAAAGUAUGUGAACCCCUUGAUCACGUUUAUUUCUGCACAAAUUGGGAGCAAGGUGUGUUCUGUUCUAUGUCCAACAAUAGAAAAACAAAGUCACAUCUAUUACCAGAAAAGCACAUUUCCAGUUUUUUUUUUUUUUUACUGAGCAUCGAGUGGAAAUGUGUGAAAAAAGUAUGUGCUCCUUUAACUUUAAUGACUGGCUGACUCCAUUUAGGAGGCAAUAACCUCAAUCAAACAUUUUUCCUUUUUUUUCUGGAUGAAACCGGCGCAACCGUCAGAAGUUCUGGAUCAUUCCUCUCAACAAAAUUGUUUCAGUGGAACAACAUCCCUUAAAUGUCAAAAGUGAAUCACUCCUUUAAGGUGCUUUAGUUUCUUCUUUUUAAUUUAUUUUUUGUUUUAGUGAAGCCAUUCUGUUAAUAAUUUUCAUCACUAUUCAUCUCCCAUUUUUUGUUGGGUCAUAGUUGGUAGAGAUGUGGCUUCAAGUUUUCGUACAAAAUAUCCUGAUAAACUUUGACAUUCACUUUUCCCUCCAUGAUGGCAGUCUGUUUAGGCCCUCAGGCAGUAAAUAAACCUCCACCCAUGAUGCUCCCUUCUCCAUAUUUCAAAGUUUGGAUAUGGUUUUGAUGUUGGUGUGCUGUGUCUUUUUUCCCUUCCACAUAGUGUUAUUCCAACAAAACGGCACACAACCCAACUUUUGUUUCAUCUGUCCAUAAAAAACGUUGCCACUUCCUGCGGAAGAUCAGGGUGCUCUUCUUCAGCGUUUAAAGAUGCUACAAUUGAAUGGCAGAGACUUUCUGCUUGGUGUCUUUCCAUGAUUUUCUGACCUUUUCAGCUUCAUACUAGAAAUUUCUUGAUCUUUAGUCUUGUGAGAGAGACAUGGUUCACAUCAGGCUUCUUGAGAGCAGCAACUCCAGAUUGACAUGUUUUCGUAGGGCAGGGUGACUUUAAGUAGCAUGUUCAAUCUCACUACAUUGAUCAGAGUCCAGAUUGCUCAUUCUUGCCUCUUGAAUCAGCCAUUUUCCAAGAGGUUCAAAACCUACCCCUUGCGCUGUCAAUGUUAACAUUUUAUUUAUAGAAUGUUAAAACAUAUAAACAAUGUGUUUUGUGUUUAAAAUUUAAACAAACUUAAGCCAGAAAUGUCCUAACUUAUACAGAAAUCUAAGUUGUUUCCAAGGGAUUCACAUACUUUCUCCUGCAAAAAGGUUCGUUUUUAUAUUUCUGCUUCUAAAAUAAGUAAAUCUUUAACUGGAAAGUAUCCUCUGAUCAUCGCGCAGCUGUUCAACACUUAAUGCACCUUUUUUUUGGAUCCUUACAUGGAUUCACUGGAUCUCAUGUUCAUAUUUAGCUGUUCACUCUCACAGCUUCCUAGAAGCUGGUUACAUGUGCUGUAAAAAAAAAAAAAAAAAAAAUGGAACUGAUGUUUUCUUUGUACUUUCUCAAACAUUUGAAUGUUUUUUUCCUGUUUGCCUUAUUUAUAAUGUUUGUUUGCAUCAUCACAAUACAGCAUCUUCAGAUGGAAAUACCCGAGAUUGUCUGUUUUAAGUGUGUAAUUAUAAACUGUGUAAUACGAAUGAGUAAAAUGCAGUACCUGCUGGGAUAGAUACAGCUUUACGUCAAGUAAAAUAUGUUUGUAGAAAUGAGCAGGGUUCCCCCACUGAGAGUUGAUGCAUUGAAAACUGUGUUAGUAUUUGACUGAAUGAUGAUGCAGAACGUUGGGAGUGUGAUAACUUUGUGGCCUUUUAACCACUUUACUGUAAAAAAAGAACAAAAGCAUAAAAAGUCAAAUCUUUUUGUCUUUCGCCUUUCGUUAAUUGACGCUUAGACCGAUCUUAGGCUUUGUAUUAGGUGACAGGUAGACAGUGUUACGUGCUUUUGUUCGGUAUCGGUUAAGUAGCAUUUGGUAUGUUUCAGAAUUACCAAAUAAAAAAAGGUGUGCUUUGUGUUUAAAUCUUUA